CCGCCUCCGCGCAACGCGCCGCUCUGGCCCGACCCCCGGCCUGUGCCGGCACACGCGGAGGGGCCGCCCGACCCCACCAGCUUCGGCACCGGUGAAGGAUGGGCCAGGGAAGGAGGGGAGAGAUGAGGGGGCAGACUCACUGCUCGACACUGUCCAGGGAACCUCAGCCACAAAGAUCUCGAAGAGCUGCCGGGAACGGCGCCCAAACGCCCGCGCCGCGCCAGCCGCCGCCAUGUCGGGCCUGCGGUGGGCGGGAAGGAGAACCCCGCCCGCCCCGCCCCGCCCCGCCCCGCCCCGGCAGCAUCGCCCGCCUCGGCCGGCCCAAAAUGGCGGCGGCGGCAGCAUUGACCCGGGAGGGUGGGGAGGACGCGUUUCGCCGGCUCUUUCGCUUCUACCGGCAGCGCGACGUGUCCGACCUGCGCGGCGUGGUGGACUUCUCCGCGCCGGGGGGCCAGGUGUUCAGAUCACAGCUCAGUAUUUCUUCAGUCAGUGAUCAAGAUGCCUACAGAGCAGGAUUACAGCCAGUUAGCCAGUGGAAAGCCUAUGGCCUCAAUGGGUAUCCAGGGUUUAUUUUCAUACCAAACCCUUUCCUUCCUGGCUGCCAGCGACACUGGGUGAAACAGUGUCUCAAGCUAUACCCCCAGAAACCCAACGUCUGCAACCUGGACCUGCACAUGGCUCCUGAGAAGACCAUUGACCUGUGGGGACAGAGCAAGGAGCAACUAAGAAGGAAAGGUUCCAGUAAACGGGAGCCCAGAAGCUUAUUGGAGAAGCUGCGCUGGGUGACCCUUGGUUACCAUUAUAACUGGGAUACUAAGAAGUACUCAGCAAAUCACCACACUCCUUUCCCCUCAGACCUUGCAUUCCUGUCAGAACAAGUGGCUGCAGCCUGUGGUUUCAGGGGUUUCCAAGCCCAAGCAGGGAUCUUGAACUACUAUCAUUUUGACUCUUCUCUGGGAAUUCAUGUGGAUGAGUCUGAACUAGACCAUUCUCGGCCCCUUUUAUCGUUCAGUUUUGGGCAAUCCUCAAUAUUUUUGCUUGGGGGCCGUAAGCGGGAGGAGGCCCCAACGGCGAUGUUCAUGCACAGUGGAGAUAUCAUGGUGAUGUCUGGCUUGAGCCGCCUGCUGUACCACGCUGUCCCUCGCGUGCUCCCCAACCCUGAGGGGACAGCCGUGCCUUCCUGCCUCGACCAAGCACUUCCUUCAGACCUUCCUGUUGGCUCAGUCAUUGAACACAGCUCUGAUGAGGACUGGCAGGUCAAAAUGAUAAGGAAACAACUAGAGGAAAGAAGGAUCCCCGAUGAGCAAGCAUAAAGAAGUAAAGAUAUGGCAUGUUCUUUCUGAUCCCUGUGGCCUACUCAACCCUCUCUGUAGCUGCAAGCAUCACUGCACACUGUUUGGGAACAGCAGAGGGACUCAAUGCUGAAGGCUGCAAUCCCUGGCUUCACAGACAUUUAACACUUCCUUUCUCUGAAUUUCACACAAGAAAUGCUGUUUUUUUCAUGUGACACAGAACCUACUGAGAAACCAUGGGUCCCAUCUGGAGAGUGACUGUGCAGGUACUCUGUGUUUGAUUCUGUGAAUAUUAUUUUCUGCAGCAGCAAAGUAGAAGAGAGAGAAACAUUAGUCAUAUACAUGCUUAAUUAAGAUCUAAUAUGCAAGGUCAGUGCUCAGCCCAGAAUAGACAGAAGAAGCCUCAUGUGAAAUAUUUUUGUGAUGAGAAGUUCAUAGCACACAGCCUGAUCUAUUACUGGUUUUCACUAUGAAAAAUUUAACUAUCUCCUGGAAUAUACUCAAAUCUAUUUUGCAUCAUUUCCUUGCUUUUUCAUUUAAAAAUAUCUUUCCAGUGAGACCUCAUGACCAUGCAAAUUAGCAAGUCCAUGCUGAGUGGAGAGAUUGCUUCACCUCCACUGAAGUGCAGCUAUUUGUUCUUUUGCUAGCCCUCUGCAAGAUGACAAUACUUGUUUGUCAGUGUCUAGAAUGCUUUUCUGUGAUUUAAACAAAAAAAUCCUUCAAGAGAAAAGAUGAGUACACAAGGGAAGAUGUUGCAAUGGGUACACUGGUGAGGAGAAACACUGGACCUUUGCCUCGAGCUGUGUUCUGCAUGUCUACAAUGUUCCAGUGCAGCAGAAGUGACAUGAUGACCUACCUGCUGGUCUACAGCACCUCUCUGGACCUUCAGCCUACAGGACCAGCAUGACCAUCUAUUUGGUUUGUUCUUUCUGGCUUUUGCUUAUGAGUCUGUACAGGAUGCAUCAGUGUUCCUCCCCAAACCAAGCAUUUCUAAACAUUUUUAGGCCUUAAAGCCUUUCCUCCUCCCAGUUUUCCCCACAGAUCACAAAACAACCAUCUCCCCAAACCUGUAACUGAGAACACAGGAGAGAUACAAUUGAUAUGGCUUCACAGACCCCUGAGCACUACAGAGUUGAUGAAAGAACAGAAUAAGGUCACUGAAGAUGAAAGACAGAGGUCUCUGAGGAACACACCUUAGCUCCUGUGGAACCUGAGAGAUGCAGCUGUACUUUCUCUGCCAGAAGGGCAUGGGCAUGACCAGAAGAAGCACAGGGCAUGACCUGAUACUGAGUAAGAACAGAGAACAUAUUCCAUGUGGGCUCUAACAGCAAGUGUGAAUACACCAGGUGCAAGAAGACUUUAUGUUCUGGUGCACAUUUGCCUUCUGUCUGUCCUUGGAGUCUUGCAGUAUGUACUGCUGGUGAGUUCCAAGCUCACCAGCUCUAGGGUUGGGAUUGUUCACAGUAAUGCUCCCUAGAACACCUCUCUUGCAGCAGGUGCAAGGUCUUCCAACACACAGCCCUCUGCACACAAGCAGUUCGUACCUAAGGACUGGCAACUGGCUCAGACUUUGCUGGUCCUGAGCACACUAAGUGGACGUAUAGUGCAAGAACUGUACUGUGUCAUAAUAAUUCAAACCACAGCCCUUCUGUCUUUGCACUGCAGCAGCCACCAGUGUAGGAGGUACCCAGAUGGCAGCCCCCUUCUAGUGAAAGAUGGAGUGUGCAGAAACCACUCUAUAUCCCACUGGAUACCACUCUCCCAGCCUGGAGACAGGGCAGCAUGGUCCUCACCCAUUCUCAAAAGAGGGAGAAGGCGUUUGGGGCUAUUAGAGCAACACACAGAUAUUAUUGCCUUGAAGCCUGGCAUCUAUCAGGGAGAGGAGCGUGGUCGCCAUGGCAAUUCUUCGCCUCAUUGAACUGCAAAGUAACCUCCUGUGGUUAUAUGCAGCCAUUCCUGUACAGCAACCCCUUCCCAUGGCCCACACACACAGAGCACAUUCCCUGCUGGGCAACACCAUUGCCCAUAGAUGAUGCCCAACAUGUAUGUGCUGAGCAAUACACAUUCCUUCAGCUCUCUCCCACUAAUAUCACCUAUGCCUCUAGAUAACCAGCCAGGCUUACAGUCCCUGCUGCUACAACUAUAGUUCCCUCUGCUGCACAGGCAUAAGAUGCUUUGGGAGCACAAGAUCAACACAUGCUCAGCCAGCCACCAAAAGACACAUCUACCCUGUCUCCCCAGCCUUGCCACCACACCUGCCUACAGCUCUUGUACAGUUUAUUCUUAGAUGCAUUUUGUUUUCAUACUGUGGCAUGAAUAAGGAAUAAAUUCAGCUCUGUCUCAUUCAUUUUCCUCUGUUUCUGCCUCUGAGGAAAAAAAUAUCUUUGAGAAGCCUGGGUGCCUCUCUGCAGAGCCAACUCAUGGGAAGCUGGUGGUCAGGUCAUUUGGUGCUCCUGACUGGACCCUGCUGCUCACAUUUCUUGGCAGGAAACUAUAGGAAAUCAAUGUCAAUUCAGUUUCUCCUCAAAGUACCCUGUGGGUCCCUGCAGGAGUGCUCAGUCCCUCAGUGAUAGCAGGGAAACAGAGUCCAGAACAGUAGUGAUUGAUUUUGUAGCAUACCAGGAGCAUGGUUGAUAGAAGGCAUGAGCAGAGUCCCUCACUCCUCUGCUACACAACAGCUAAGUAUCAUCCCAUGUCAAAAGAUGAAGCUCAGCUCCCACUUACACCACCAGAAACAGCCUAAGGACCUCUCCCAGUCUACCACUGUCACUACAGGUUCCCUCAGCAUUUCCAGAAGGUGCUGGUAUGAUUAGAGCUUGGGUAGUUACUAGGGUGGGCACAGAUCUGCCCUCAGCCAGGUGGCAAGUUGAAACUCCUCAGCCAUUCAAAAAUGACAGUUCCAGCUAACAGGACCCAUGGAAGCCAGCAGGCAUAGACUUGGUGAAGCCUCAAGUUCCCAUACUGCAUGGUGCAAGUGUCCUUUUCUACCUUGUGCUGUGGUGAGUUUUAACAAGGCAAGGCCCACUUGUUACUGCUAUAUAGCUUGCAUGCUCUAUGCAUGUGGCCUACAAAAUGCUAUUAGAAAUGCUUCAGGCAAAAUGUCUCCUUUAGAGAUCUAGCAGGGAUGCCUGUCCAUAUCCUCUUGGAUCCAUGUUCCUCUUUGUAAACCUUUCAAGCCCACCCUGUUGACUUCAGCUCUUUCUCUCGAGGUCCCCUACCCCUCCUAAAAGCACAUCAGGGUUGCAUAUCUCAGUCUCCCCUAUCUCCAGAAAGUGACAAUUUGCUUUCCCACUCUUGCUUCCCUCUCACCUCAUCCCCAUCCCCACUACCUGCACACCUGGCUGUGGCUGAGCUCAGGUGCCUCUAGAGGGACUACUCCUGCUUUUAGUCCUGAGAAGAGGUGGGACCCAGGCAGAGUCCAUGCUGCUUGCAGAGCCCACAGCCAACACAGCUGGGGUUGCUCCAGCCCAGAGAAAGCACCUAAUGCCUGAGCACACACUUCCCUCUUAUGGCCAUGCCCGAUACAGCAACCAUUCAGGCCUGCAGCAUCUUCGCUUGGAGAUGAUUUUCCUGUGAAUACUGACAUUUCCCAUAGUUGCCUCUUACACUUGUUGGACACAGACAUCUCUCCCCUGCACUCGGGGCUCACACACAGAGCCAGCUUUGCUGCCCUGUUUGGCUGAUGCUGAUCGACACACAUACUGUAAGCCAUGUGAGUGGAAAAGACAAUGUGAGCACUCAGUCCUUCCUACAGCGUCACACUGUUUCUCUGAUGGAAGCCCAAGUAUCCAACUCUGGUCCUGGGAUAGAUUUCCCCUCUGGUAGGGCACAGCCUAUAACAACUUUCCUCAAGUUAAGCAUGGCUUUUACUUACUUUGGUUUUGAAGGGAAAGUUUUUAACCACCUCGUUAUGGGUAGUUAAGGGCUCUGUUCAAUAUCUCCCCCUCCCCAUUGCACUGUAUGGCAAAGCCUUUCUCUUUUCUAUCCAAAUAAUAAAAUCCUUGCCAAAAGGAAA